AAAUAGUGCUGAAGAAGUUAGGAAUUUCAGCAGAACAACCCUGGGAAUUGCUGGGCUGAAGGAGGGACUGAGAAGGUUUUUAUGGUGUUUUGGGUGCCUGUACAGCAGAGUCCCAUUUCGAUGUUUACCUCACCUGAAUUUCAAAUGGGAGUUUGACAGCAGCUUAGAGAAUGUCCGGUUUGGAUUGCAGUAUUGAGCUCUGUAAAGUUUUUGUUGUAAUAAAGCUAAAUAAUUACUUGUUUUCAAAAUUCUCCAAAGACCCAUUUCCACAGGAAGGAAAUGGUCAGACUUUAUGUAAAACGUGCAUGCAUUGAUCAACAAAAUUGUAAAACACCAGCUUGUUGGCACUGCAUGUGCUUUUGCCACCAGGUUCUCCUCUCUUUCACAGCUCAGGCAAAUUUCAGCAGUGUUUUUUGUGUUAGCCAAUAGAGGGAGGCUGUGUGCCCUUCUCCUAACACACAUUGGCGCAAUAUAAUUGAAUUAUAUUAAAAAUGCUACAAAAUCACAUUCCUUUACAGUAUGCGAAGCCGUGCCUCCUUUCCGUGACAGUGCCAUGGGGCCCCGUUGUGCAAAUAUAAUGGGAGACUUUGUCUAGCACAACGUCUGCCUCAGAGUUGGUGUGAAGGCAGGGGUUCACGGGAGCUGGAGGGAAUUAGGUGGCUGGCUCCUUGCAAGUACUGACGUGGGUGGGCAAGGAGGAGGCAAAGCAGAGACUUUACAGAAAGGAAACUUGAAAUUAGCCAUUGAUCACUAUCAGAAGUGAUUUUACUCCAUUUUUACUCUGUCCAUCCAUCUCCAGAGUGACAGAGCCUUCCUUGUAAAAUGAAUGAAAUUCAAGUUUGCUUUAUUUACUCCACGUGAUGAGUCAGUAAUGACCAUCAGAACCUGUUUCUCUUAAUCACUGACCUGCUAUUAACUGAGGUGCUGUUUUUAGAAGUAGGCUUGCACAGAGGCACCAACUCAGCCCUUUCUGAGCUUGCACUUUGUAUAAAUAAAUAUCCCAAAUUCCUUUAAAGCAUUCUUCUUGAGAAGCAGCUGAAAAAAUGCGUGGUCUUUUCUUUGGGCAGUCUGCCUGUGUAUUCCGGAGAAAAAGCUGCCAGGGGUACUUUGGUUUUAUUUUAUAAUAGCUAAGAACAGACCCUAUUUUUGCAAUCCUGUGAUUACUGCAUCUCAUUCUUUUUCUACCUUGCUACUGAACUGCUUCCCCCCAGAAAGACCUCAUGCAUAAAAUGUCUCUUACUUUAUUUAUUCCCUGAAAGGUUGUAUUUCCAUUUUUGUCUGGUUUUGGAUUACUGAUUUUUUUUUUUAGCCCAGAACAGAAGAUUGUUUUACAAAUCUUACGCUUACAGGCUUUUGUUUACUUGCUCUGCUUAAUGUGUAAAACUUGCUAGGAGGGGUUCAUGGUCCAGUGUGCUUUUAAUGUGGAAAGAGACCACAGCCAAGCCUUGUUCACUUGGAGGAAAAUGCAGAAGUAUUUCCUUUAUUAAACCAAACAGGAGGCACACACCUGGCUAGAUCUGUGAGUCUUUGUUCCUGUGUGGGCUUACUCGGCACCUGCAAUACAUCAUUCUGGGACCACUCCGUUCUGCACGCGUGAAGGUCAGCCUGAGGUGCGGAGAGCCUCCGACAGAAGCUGAAGUCAGCGGGAGGGAACUGCGGUCCUUCGCACUUCAGAGGAACGUGUGCUUAAGCAGCUGUUUAGCUUUGUUCUGAGCAAGCCGAAUCAAGAUGACGACAGCCGCACCGCUGAUCAAUAAUACUCAGUUCUCAGUAAAUGUGACCACAAAGUCUCAAGAACAAAGUCUCUAUCAAAGUUCUGGAGCAAUAGUUGCUGCCAUCGUAGUAGGAGUGAUUAUUAUUUUUACAGUGGUUCUGCUCAUAUUGAAAACAUAUAACAGACGCAUGAGAGUGAAGCGGGAGCUGGAACCCAAAACCACCAAAACAGCAAUGCCACCUGCUUUAGGGCAGAACAGCAACAGCCUGUCUCAGCACCCAACAGUGACUUUCAUACCUGUGGAUAUCCACAUGCAGAACAGGUAACUGGGAACGCUCAUCCUCCCUGUGAGAGAAGAGAGAUGGGAAUUCUUAUUUACGUGGACCUGGGACUCCGCAGCAAAGUGGCGCUGCAUUUGGAAUAGCGACGAGCUCUUAUUUUGUCUAUAGAUUGUAAUUAAUCCUGCUUUCUGUCUUUGGGAGGAAAAAUAAAAGGUCUGGACGCUUUGCGUAUGACUGAAAUCAACUGGUGGAGGCAUACAAAUCAUCAGAAACGCAGUGAGCCUUCUUACAGAGCUCUGGGUAUGGAGAGACUGAAUAAACCAAGCCCAUUUGUUGGAAAAAAAGAUGCACACUCAUAUUUUGUGGAGGUUUUGCUUACUCAGAGAGUUUGAGCUUUUUCUGGUCUGCAAUGGUUGAUGAUAAACUGGAAGAAAAAUUUGGACAUGCAAGCUACAACUCAGGUUGAACCUGGGCUUGUUAUGAUUUAUGUGAAACAGGUUUGUAGUCUGUUUUAUACGUGAUGGAUAGUACAGGAAGUAUCAAAAUUGUAUUUAUCUUUACUCAUCUUUCCUGUUUCUAAUGCCACAUAUGUAUGGUUUGAGAUUAAAAAGUUACUUUUUAUUUUCAAGUAUUUCUAAAAUAUUUCUAUAAACUUGGUAACCUAUCAAUUUCCAAAUGAACUCAACAUCUAAGGGUUUUCACUCUCACGCCAAGAACUGCUUUAGUUUCAUUACUGGAGUUGGGUUAGAAUGUUUUGUCUUAACACAAAAUCUGAGAAGUUCUUUAAUUGAAAAAGUAAGCAUGGAAAGGCAGUAUAAAGCAAGCAAGGCUCUAUACAGCUACUGUGUACAAUUCACAUCCUGAAAUGCUUUGCUCUCUAAUGCAGACUAGGCUUGAACUAUUUUUAGAUAUUUUUUUUUCUAGAAAGUAACCGAAAGUGAUGUUGUUUUGCAAGUGUGAUGAUUGUGGGUGUACAGUAAUGCAACAAAGAAAUUCCCUAGGAUAUUCACAGCCCACUGAGUGCGAACACACAGCAGCAUUGUCAGACAUUCAGUGGCUGAUUGUCUCAAGUGUGUGUAUCAAAGCAGCCCUGAAACACUGUCUGUCAGGACAGAUAGGAAGGAUUAGGAAGAAGUUGAGAAGUUAAACCCUGUUUUAAAUAGAAGUACAUGAGGCUCUGAGAAACAGCUCUAGUCUUUGACACACACAGAUUUUAUGGAACCACUCACUUGAAUGGCUGGACAGAGUGUGAAGGGAAUACAGUGGUAUCGUAGCAGUCUAGAUUUAUUGUAUGGUGUGCGUCUUGCGGUUAGCUCUAAGCUACUGGGGCCAUUAGAGGGCUCCAGCCUGUUUGUAGACCUUAGUAAAACUGUUAGUAGGGUAUUUUUAACUCCUUUUUGGGAGCUGUAGAGAAAGAAAUUCCUGUUGUCUAACUGAAUUGAUCACAGAGAGCCUCCAGCUUUAAAGCUUUUUGUCCUGCAGCGGUUCACUUGCUGUUCUUCCCAAUACUGUCACACGUCACCACUAGUUACAUUCUUAAAUCACGCCGUGCCAAAACAAAGCUGACCAUUCUCAGAGUAAAGUGGUGAAGGACUGGGGUGAUAAGUUGAUGUAUUUUCUCCAAGAUGUGAAGCCAUCUCUUGGAACAGGUCAUUUUUACUAACUGGUAUUUUUGUGCAGAAACUAAAUUCAAUUACUUUGCAAUUUUUUUUGUAUGAAACUGGAGCACAGUUUGAAUUCCAAACUAAAUAUUAAGACAGCUGUUUGUGAAGUUUCUAAAUCUCGUUGUAAAUAUUUUACUUGUCCUAGUUCUCCAACUUAUUUUUCGCGGCAGGAUUGAUUGAUAUAAUCAUUCAGAAGGGACUGCAGCUGCCAAUUUAAUUUUUCUCCAGAAAGGUGAAGGAGUUGGCCUUCUGCUCCUAUCUCUGGACAGCUAAGGAUGUUUUCUGAGCAUGUUCCACUGUAUCAAAAUCAAGAUCUUUUGAAAAGAUAAGCCCCAUUUUACUGUUAUUUUUUAACGUUACCAUCCAGACCUACUUCUAGCAAAUUUUGUUUACUUUCCAUUUACAGAAUUUCAAAACAAUGAAGCUCACUUUGCUUCACUGAAGCAGAAUAAGCAGUACUACUAUAAACAAUUCUGGAUUGGUAGAAUUACUAUUAUUGGCAGAAUUACUGCUUUGACCACACUAGCAUUGCUCAAUUUGAAAAAUUCAAAGCGUGCUGCCUUACCAGUAAAAUUUGCCUUAUAUUGGCACAGCCUGGGAGGCCCCCACAAUCCAUUUUGACUCCUGUCAGCAAAAUCCAGAGCUUAUGCUGACCAAGCAAAAUCACCUUCUUAAGAAACAAAAAUCACUGUAUUUCCACUGCGCUACCACUGUAAUGCUUGUAUAAUUUGCUGUGGAUUUAACAGUUUUCCAGGAACAAUCCCACGCUGUCCUUGCCCUGUAAUAGUAGCUGCUUCAGCGCUGAUUCAACCCACCCCAUCUAGGCACCUGGCUUCCACUUUCAAACCCCCCAGCUUUUGGAAAAGCUCCCCUUUAGCUGCCUUUGUGUCCAGACUUGCCAUCAAGUAAACCUGCUGGUUAAAAAAAAAAA